UUUUAUAAAUAUUAUACACUGGCCAUCGAAGGACCAGACUCCUUUUGGAAGGACAUUUUUGGCGCCCCCGGGUGGACACUCUCUGGAAUUGAAGGAAGCUGGAUUAUGGAUUUUGUGGAUAAUCAGGUUCGUUGGUCGACGUGGGCUUGUCCGGAAGCUGUACUGCGACAAUGCCACCAAUUUCGUGGGUGCUGCACGCACGCUGGACCUCAAAGCUACGUUCCAUGGCAACACAGCGGACAUGGAAAUGUUUGCUGCGGAGCGGGGCAUGGAGUUUGUAUUCAUCCCUCCUCGAGCGCCGCAUUUUGGCGGCCUUUGGGAAGCGGCGGUGAAAUCCGCCAAAGGUUUGCUGCUGAAAGCGAUGGGCAGCGCUCGAUUACGGCAAGACGAGGUGGCCACCGUGCUGGUCGAGGUCGAGGCCGUGCUCAAUUCGCGGCCAAUGGUCGCUCCCAGCAGCAACCCCAACGACGGCGAAGUGCUCACGCCAGGGCACUUCCUGAUAGGAGCAACGCUCGUGCCGCUGCCAAUCGCGUCCACAGAGCCAGUCGACGACGUCAAGCUGACACUAUUAAAAGAUGGCAGCUGACAUCCAACAUCAAGCGUCGAUUUUGGAACGACUGGUCAAGGGACUACCUGCUCAGCCUGCAGCAGAAGUCAAAAUGGACGAAGGAGAGACAGAACAUACAGGUCGGAGCAGUCGUGCUCGUGGGAGAGGACAACGCUCCUCCACAACAGUGGAUGCUAGGCGUGGUGACGGAAGCCAUAGUCGGAGGAGAUGGUAGAGUGCGCGUAAUUGUCGUUAAGACAAAAAAUGGCACAUAUAAAAGGGCAAUUCAUCGCGUUGCACCACUGCCACUCCACUAAUACACCAUGUUAUUGAAGCCCUGCGGCCUUUCAACGCGGCCGAUGUUAAGGCAUUUGGAUAUUUGCCUUCUGAA